AUUCCUGAUCUCUGCGGUCUUUCAUACCAACUAGGGUGGAAGACCACUAGAAACGAGAUAAUCUGAAUAUAUUAGGUAAGCAGACAACUGCACGUCUUUCAUUAGUUAUGUCUCCUUUCCCUCCCUGCAUUACCAAUGAGCGCGAGAGAGUUGAGGGGGAGCCAACCCUUGCAUGGUGACUCCUGGGACCCAAAGCGAAAUCCCCUCCAGCAAGCCAGGCGGGAUAGUUACCCCUCUCCUGAUACAAUUGGAAUCCUUGGACAUAGGAGAUCCCCGUGUUUAGCAGGGCAAUUUACCAGGAAAUUCGGUGUGAUGCUUGAUGUAGCGCCCACUGUUCCAGAUAAUAACAGUUGGGGGAAUGCAUUGCAUCUGUUAGCGGGGCUUGGAUGUCAUCGAUCGAAUCUUCGUGGGAAACAGUUCGCGGGGGGGGAGGGGGGCGCUUAUUCGACGGUGCAAUUUGCCCAGCACAAGUCCCCUCGGCAGGCUGAGUUCACCGCGGGGCAGCCUUGGGAAGUACAGCGAGCGUCUCACAGGCCCCUGCGCGGAGAGUGCCUCCAGGUUGGCCAAGUGGGGAACGGAGUCCAGAGGAUGCAGAAGAUGCUUUUGACCCCUAUGAUAUAAUAAGUCCAAAUAAGCCGACUGUUGAACCCAACAUUCUGUUGUCAGAGAAGAGAACAAGAGAGACCUCGAAAGACAAAGGAGGCAGCUUAUCCAACAUACUGCCAGCACCGACCGCCUCGUACCCCUAUCGGCCACCGCUUGGGUCUAAAUAAUCCACUCUUUUCUUCAUCUUGCGCCUUCUCUUCCCCCCACGCUGCCUUGAGGAAUUUCAUCUUUCCUUCAUCUGCGCCUUAUUUCUAUCAGUCACCGCUCCUCUUCCAUCCUCAAGACAUCCUCACCUUGCCCCUC